AUGAGCACAAAUAAGAAACAUAUGAAGUCACAGUCACUCAUGGGGAAAGUGCAAUGUCUUAGCCUUCCAUCUUUUGGUGGUUGCUUUGACGGCUUCCGCGACCAAGCACAAGGCUCGGGAUACGGGACGAGGAUAUGGAACCUAAGUGAUAAACCAGUGGAGCUGCAAAUAAGGGUGGGAUCAAUACUGAAGAAGAUUCAUACAUUGAAGCCAGGGUCUUCAAAGAGACUCAAAUGUAAAAGCAUAUAUAAGACAUAUGUUCCCAAGAGUGGAAGUGUUGGUGGAAGCUUGAAGAAUCUGUUGUAUUCCUAUGAUGAAACUAGCCACCCUUAUAUUUGGAUUCAUGAGACUGGGUGUCAUUCCUUGAAGAUGGUUAAGCAGCAGUAUAUUAGUCUUGAGGAUAUGAGGGAUUGCUCUGAGAUCAAGAUUUUCAGGGAUCAUCAAAGAGGUUCAAUUUCAGUUCGGAAGAGAAUGAGGCCAGAUUUCUGCUCAACAUGA